CUUCAGCAUACCAUAGCUCGCACGAAGCCUCUGGGGGACCCAUAUUUAUCGGCUAGUAUGUCCAGUCGCACUGUCGAGUUUUCUUUUGCCUCUCCACUCGACCACGCUAGGAUUCCGCGGGUCGCUUUAUAUUUGACGUCGGGUUUCCUUCAUACUCAUUUUCCUGCCCAACGGUUCGUAGCCUAUACCUACCCCAGCAGCCAUGGCGGAACGAGUUUCCUUCAACAACCCGGACUACAGCAACAACAGCAUCGCGGGAACGGAAAAGAAGGACGACACCUCCGACCUCGAGACACACCAUGAGAACCUGACCAAUGGCGUUGGAGCGAGCGACGAGGACCGCAAGUUUUACGAAAAGUACGGGACGUACGAUCGCUAUGAGAUCACGGAAGAGGAUUGCUACGACGAGCUGGGAUUCUCCUUCCCAAAGUGGAAGAAAUGGAUGAUCUUGAGCGUUGUCUUCCUGGUCCAGGUCUCGAUGAACUUCAACACUUCGCUAUACUCGAACGCCAUUGGAGGAAUAUCGGAGGAGUACGGUGUUAGCGAGCAGGUUGCGCGGUUAGGCGCUGCGAUAUUCCUCAUCACGUACGCCUUCGGAUGCGAACUUUGGGCGCCGUGGAGUGAGGAAAUCGGCAGAUGGCCAAUCCUUCAGCUCAGUAUGUUCUUCGUGAACAUCUGGCAAAUUCCCGUGGGCGUCGGGCCCAACUUCGGCACCAUCCUGGCGUUCCGCGCAUUAGGUGGCCUGUCGACGGCUGGCGGUUCAGUGACCCUUGGCAUGGUCGCUGAUAUGUGGGAAGCUGACACGCAGCAAUACGCUGUUGCAUUCAUCGUCUUCUCGUCAGUCGGCGGCUCAAUCCUUGGACCCGUCGUAGGUGGAUUCGUCGAAGAGUUCUGCCCAUGGCGCUGGAACAUCUGGAUCCAGCUCAUCUUUGGUGGUGUCGUUCAACUCAUGCAUGCAGUGAUGGUGCCAGAAACCCGUUCGACCGUCAUGAUGGACAAGAUUGCGAAGAAGCGGCGCAAGGAGGGCGAGAAGAACGGCAAGCCCGUCAACGUCUGGGGCCCCAACGAGCUCACUGCCUUUAAAGACCGCUUCUCCAUGCGCGAAAUCCUCGUCACCUGGAUCCGACCUUUCCGCAUGUUCCUCACCGAGCCCAUCGUGCUCGUCCUCUCCCUGCUCUCCGGCUUCUCCGACGCGCUUGUCUUCAUGUUCAUCCAGUCCUUCGCGCUCGUCUACAAGCAGUGGGACUUUGCCACCUUCGCCAUCGGACUCGCCUUCUGCUCCAUCGGCGUCGGUUACUUCCUCGCGUGGUUCUCGUUCAUCCCAGCCAUCAAGCGUAACAUCAAGGAGCGCCACGAGAAGCCCGACGACGAAAUCGCACAGUACGAGUCUCGGCUCUGGUGGCUCUUGUACACGGCGCCGUGUCUGCCGAUCGGGCUCAUCGGUUUCGCGUGGACGUCUACCGGCCCGCCAAUCCACUGGAUUGGCUCCAUGGUCUUCGCCGCCAUCAUCGGUAUCGCGAACUACGCCAUCUAUAUGGCGACCAUUGACUACAUGAUCUGCGCAUACGGGCCGUAUUCUGCCUCAGCGACAGGUGGAAACGGCUGGUCGCGCGACUUCCUCGCUGGCAUUCUCACGCUCCCCGCAACGCCCUUUUUCCAGAACAUCCCCAACUCGUCAGACCCGAACCACCUCGCCUACGCUUCGACGAUCCUGUUCUGCAUCGCGGCUGUGCUGGUCGCCGCCGUGUACGUCAUCUACUGGAAGGGCCCUGUGCUGAGGAAGAGAAGUCCGUUCGCACAGCAGCUGAGUGCGGCCAGGCAGGAGACUGGCGGGAGGCGAGUCAGUGCGCUGCCUGGUGCGUAUGGCUCGCGGCAUAAUUCUAUUGUGCAUGGUGGACCGGUGCCAGGCGGGAGGAGAGGCAGUGUGAUGAGGGGGCUGAGUUUUGCGAGCCAGCAGCGCCAGGGAGUGUGAUUGAGGACUAUUGGCUUUUGAUUUUAAGGGGAUUACCUGGAGGAGAUGGGAGGAGGUUGAUGGAUACAUGAAGCCCCGGUUGGGGAAGUGGUGGCAAGAUACAUACGCAUUGUACGAUACAAAGCAGCGUUACGCAUGAGAUGAGAUGCAAGGAUGAAAGGCGUGCCGGCCCAACACAAUCCCCGCGCUGACCUUCAGCCUCGCGCUCCCACCCCAGACC